GACUUUGAGUCCUCAAAUAAAGUAAUACUUGUAGCGAAGCUGUGUUCUGCCCGUUGGGCGAGUUCCCUGAGACAGCUACCCAUACAGAGGGCUACUUUGAUACUCGCUCAUCCUCCAUUAGAAAAACAUACGUUAAAAGUGAGAAGGCAAUAUUUUGGAGGCGUCUGAGGUACUGCAAUGAAAUAUGCUGAGUUUGCGUUCAUGAUUGGCACGAAGAGUCUAAAACUCGCUGCCUUACAAGAAGGCGCUCAGCUCGUUGGCAAGGACUGACAAUAGGUAGAAUGAUCUUUGUCCAAGUGCAUGCGUUUGUAACUGAACAACAGAAGCUGUAAACAAUAAAGCUAUAACGAAAUAUUUGCUUCAUUUAUACAUAUCGGUGGUCAAUAUAAAGCAAGUCAUGUAUAAUUGAUAUCCUUAUGGUAUCAACAACCACACUAUAUUCCUGCAAUGGUAAAGUGGUGCCAAAAAGAAACAUUGAUGUCUUAGCAAGUGCCAUUUAAGACAUAUUGUAUCCAUGGCUCUAUCACUACUCCAAAUGACGCCGGGGGCCGCAAAAUGUUUUAAGCGACUUGGAAUAUCAUAUCUACAAAAAAUGGCUUAUAACACACUUAAGGAAAGUGAUUUGCUAUAACAAGUUGAGACUGUACCCUUGACUAACGACCAACGUUCCUGUUGAGGAACUUCUACUACAAUCCGAAUGCAAUUCCCACAAUAUUUGGCCUCAAGGUUGAGAUGGGCUACAAAAGCGAAAGGGAGUACAAGAAAAUCUUAAGAAGUGUUGAAAUUAAUUUUCUUCUUUAAACGAUCGCAGUAUUUCGGCUCUUAACCCAUACAACAUUUUAUUUUGUUCACAUGAGUCUUUUUUUUUUUCCAAAAAAAGAAUGCCGUGCUUUUUUAUAGAAUAUAUAUGAUUGAAUGAACAUCAACGAGGGAAACAUUCUCACAGGAAUAAACUAGAUAAUUUACCCUUACAAAAAAAUGAUGCAUCAUCUUCCUCUACAAUCAACAUAUAAGGAGGAGGAGACUGGACUUCACUGGGCGGCAUUAGCGGUUAGCUGAUGCAGAAAUCUCACUCGGGAGUUUGCAACUCGAGGAGACGGUUGAAAUUCAGGCUAGUUUCUCGUAGACUGUUAUUGUAAAGUGAUAAUUUUUUAUCUUCUUUUCCCUAUCUAUCUAUCUAUCUAAAUAUCUAUUUAUUUAUUUAUUUAUUUUUAUUGAUUGAUUUAUUUAUUUAUUGCAGAUGAGAAAUCUGUACCACUUCAUCAACUCAAAAAGUUAUCUUUUCGAGCCAUCCUUCUGCCGCUUUCCGCCAAAAAUCAAGACAAAAUCUUUCACCUUAAACCAGGUAUCCGUUUGGAAACCUCCAUCUCAAGACUGACACUAGUUUCAUGAUUUAGUCACAAACUGUGAAUAAAUUAAGUAGAUUUUUUUUUAAUUUAAAUUUACAAUAAGCAAAUGAACUAAAUUUAUCUUGCUCCAACAGGUUUGAUACUCUGAUUAAUAUAAAAUAAAUUUUGACAGCUCUAGAGUGGCUGUAAGAAAUGUAUUUGAAUAUCUUCUAUUUAGCAAUUAAAAGAUAAUCUCACAAUCGCCUACGAGAAAAUGGAUAUUUUCAGAAGUCCGCUGUACAUGGCCUUAUCCUAUGGAGAAGAUCAAGGGCCGCUGCACAAUUCGCUGGCUGAGGUGCUCUGGGAUAUAAGCAAUGACAUCAAUGGGACAUCUGUAAUGUUUAAUUGUGAGGUAACAAAAUUUUGAUUUGAAUUGAAUUAUUACAUAACCUUUUCGAAAUAAGUGACCCAAACACGGAGUACAUUUUUUGCAGGCCAAGAAUGUGAUACUAAUUUAAAGUGAUUUAUUUUAAAACAAAUCUGCCACAUGUAUUUUCCCGAGGUUUAGAGGUAGUCCAAAGGAAACGACACAAGGAAACCAGACAAGGUAUUUCGCAUAUGAUUAAAACAUUUCACUUUUGAAGCCUAAAAGCUAUCCCUAUUUUCUCUGCGUUUUCACUGCAUAUCGUGAAAACCCCUUAGGCCAUCAUUUAUUUCGNUUUUUUUUUUCCAAAAAAAGAAUGCCGUGCUUUUUUAUAGAAUAUAUAUGAUUGAAUGAACAUCAACGAGGGAAACAUUCUCACAGGAAUAAACUAGAUAAUUUACCCUUACAAAAAAAUGAUGCAUCAUCUUCCUCUACAAUCAACAUAUAAGGAGGAGGAGACUGGACUUCACUGGGCGGCAUUAGCGGUUAGCUGAUGCAGAAAUCUCACUCGGGAGUUUGCAACUCGAGGAGACGGUUGAAAUUCAGGCUAGUUUCUCGUAGACUGUUAUUGUAAAGUGAUAAUUUUUUAUCUUCUUUUCCCUAUCUAUCUAUCUAUCUAAAUAUCUAUUUAUUUAUUUAUUUAUUUUUAUUGAUUGAUUUAUUUAUUUAUUGCAGAUGAGAAAUCUGUACCACUUCAUCAACUCAAAAAGUUAUCUUUUCGAGCCAUCCUUCUGCCGCUUUCCGCCAAAAAUCAAGACAAAAUCUUUCACCUUAAACCAGGUAUCCGUUUGGAAACCUCCAUCUCAAGACUGACACUAGUUUCAUGAUUUAGUCACAAACUGUGAAUAAAUUAAGUAGAUUUUUUUUUAAUUUAAAUUUACAAUAAGCAAAUGAACUAAAUUUAUCUUGCUCCAACAGGUUUGAUACUCUGAUUAAUAUAAAAUAAAUUUUGACAGCUCUAGAGUGGCUGUAAGAAAUGUAUUUGAAUAUCUUCUAUUUAGCAAUUAAAAGAUAAUCUCACAAUCGCCUACGAGAAAAUGGAUAUUUUCAGAAGUCCGCUGUACAUGGCCUUAUCCUAUGGAGAAGAUCAAGGGCCGCUGCACAAUUCGCUGGCUGAGGUGCUCUGGGAUAUAAGCAAUGACAUCAAUGGGACAUCUGUAAUGUUUAAUUGUGAGGUAACAAAAUUUUGAUUUGAAUUGAAUUAUUACAUAACCUUUUCGAAAUAAGUGACCCAAACACGGAGUACAUUUUUUGCAGGCCAAGAAUGUGAUACUAAUUUAAAGUGAUUUAUUUUAAAACAAAUCUGCCACAUGUAUUUUCCCGAGGUUUAGAGGUAGUCCAAAGGAAACGACACAAGGAAACCAGACAAGGUAUUUCGCAUAUGAUUAAAACAUUUCACUUUUGAAGCCUAAAAGCUAUCCCUAUUUUCUCUGCGUUUUCACUGCAUAUCGUGAAAACCCCUUAGGCCAUCAUUUAUUUAGAAAGAUAAGAUGCAAAGCGAAAUAGUUAUUUUCGUAAUUUUAUUCCCCUCCAGGCCCUAGUCGUUGAAUAGCUGGGUAGCGCUAUCCAUCGGAUAAAUCACUAUCCAAUGGAUAAGUAUCAGAAAACCAAUUGCGCUAUCUAUUGGACAGCGAUUAAGCGAUUAAGUUCAUUCAAAAUAAGUCUGAUAAAUCUGAACAUCUUUUGCAAACUUUUCAGAUCCAAAAGAACACCUUCCCUGUACCAACCACUGCAACUGGAAAUUUUACGGCGCAGAUGAACCACAUCAUUCGUGUGUACCUCCAAAUACUGGUUAAAGAUAACUUGCUGGUAAGAUAA